AUGACACAAGGAAAUGGUACUGAAGUCACAGACUUCUACCUUCUGGGAUUUGGGGUCCAAUGUGAGUUUCAGUGUGUUCUCUUCAUUGUGUUUCUUGCCAUCUAUGUGACAUCCAUGGUGGGUAACACUGGGAUGAUCCUCCUCAUCAACACUGACUCUAGACUUCAGACCCCCAUGUACUUCUUCUUACAGAACCUGGCUUUUGUUGACAUCUGUUGCACAUUUGCUGUCACACCUAAGAUGCUACAAAACUUCAUCGUAGAAGACAGAUCCAUCUCAUUUGGAGGAUGUGUAGUGCAAUUGCUAGUCUAUGCAACAUUUGCAACCAGUGACUGCUAUGUGCUGGCAGCUAUGGCAGUGGACCGUUACGUGGCCAUCUGUAAGCCACUUUGCUACCCUAUCAUCAUGUCCCGAAAAAUCUGCAUCCAGAUGGUAGCUGGUUCCUAUCUCAUGGGAUCACUAAAUUCCUCUGUAUAUACAGGUUUUACAUUUUCAUUGUCUUACUGCAAACUCAACAGCAUCAAUCACUUUUCCUGUGAUGUUGUCCCAAUCAUCAACCUUUCAUGCUCCGACAUUGACACCAACAUCAGGCUUCUUGUUGUCUUUGUGAGAUUUAACCUGAUGUUCACUGUGCUGAUCGUUAUCUUCUCCUACACUUAUAUCAUGGCCACCAUCAUAAAGAUGUCUUCUACUGCAGGGAAGAAGAAAACUUUCUCCACCUGUGCCUCGCACCUGACAGCAGUCACCAUUUUCUAUGGAACUCUUGCUUACAUGUACUUACAGCCCCAUUCUGACAAUUCUGAGGAGAAUAUGAAAGUGGCCUCUGUAUUCUAUGGCAUUGUAAUUCCUAUGUUGAACCCUCUGAUCUACAGCUUGAGAAACAAAGAGGUCAAAGAAGGCUUUAAAGCAAUGGGCAGAAAGUUCUUUAAAUUGACUCCAAAUCCUUAA